AAGCGCAUGUUUAUGUCCCGUACCAAGGGGACAACCAAUAUUGAGACUUGUCUGGCUGACUAUCGACAAAAUGGAGAGAUUUAAGAUUUGGAAUUAUCUCUUCCUGGUGCUUUUAACCCUGAUUUUAUGUAUCAGUUACGUCACAGCGGGUUCCUAUUGUUACUAUUCCUAUUAUUAUUACAGUUACAGAUGCUACUAUUACUAUUAUUAUUACUACUAUGGUUCCGCUGGGACUAUUGCCGGAGCUGUGGUGGGCGGACUAUUUGGGCUGGCCUGUAUAGUCGGAAUAAUUGUGUUCGUCUGUAUUGUUGUAUGUAAAUGUAAAACCACCGGGGUCAGAGGUCGUGUAGUGCAGCCAGGAACAGGCGUGUCUACUAAUGUCACGUAUAUCAAUACGCCCACAACCUACAAUGGCUAUGGAUAUAAUGGGGCACCACCCAACAAUGUUGGACCCACGAUGCCCCCAGCAUACACGAAUCACCCACCCCCAGAAUACCAACCCCCUCCUGCCGCCCCACAGUAUAACGAACCUGCUUACCCUCCGAACCCACCGCCCCAGUAUAACAACGUGAUAAAUGCUCCGCCCCCUACGACCCAUAAUUACAGAUAAAAAGAAUUGAAUGCGGAAAUACACGUUUUAUAUUUUGCAAGUGUGAGACUCAUUUCACACAUCAAACAACUGUUUAUUUGUAAUAUAUUAGAUUUAGUUUUUCUUCUAAAUUUGGAGCCCUAGCUCUUGAUUUUGAUAUGUACAGGAUUUUGCAAAUUUGUACUAUGUACACGUUGUUGAACCUCGAUUUUAUUUAGAAAUACAUAGUGUUUCUUUACGGUAUUUGAUUUGAUUUUAAGUUAUUAAAAUUCAUGUGCAAAUGUUUGUUUCAGUAUCUUAAAGUCAAAUCAAUGCUCCCUUCCCCUAUUUUGCAGUAUUUCUGAAGCAUAUUGAAACUUGCUUUGUUUUUACAUACAGUUCAUAAAUGUAAAUUUGACAAGAUGCAAAGCUGAAAGUGAUUACUUUGACCAGAAUCAAGUUAAGUUUUAAUGAUAUUAUGAAAAAGCCAGUGUUAAUUUGUACGUAGUAAGAAUGUUUUGUGAUAUGAAUUUUGAAUUAUUCAGUCAAGUAACUUUUGUGAUAAAUUUCCCUUAGUGCCAAGGUUUCCGUUUUUUCCUUCCAUACAAAAUGAUAGAGACAAAGUGAACUGUUACAAUUGUUAAUGUUGAUGAAUUUAAUAAUAAUAAAAAAAAAUCUGAAAUGAGA